UGUUGUGUGGUAGGUCGUUUUCUCAUUUAGUUAACCUAACCUAAAACGUUUUAUUUUGCUUUUAAAUAAAAUAUUAAUGUUUGCUAUUACUUACAAAUAUGUGAUUGUUGUGUGUUUCGGUUAAGUUUUAUUGUCAUUCGUGUUGUUCUAACCCUUUUGCUGUAAAAACUCCAAAUAACAAGAAACUACAAAAAUGAUAUGCAGUAGGACACCCCGAGAGUUCUUUUCUGCUGAUGGUGUACAGAUCAAAGAAACAGAUGUUGGUCAACCUUGUACAGAAUGUAGCAAGUGCAUGGGAUAUGAACCGCAUAACUGGAGGAAAAACUGCCGCAACUGCAAAUGCUUGCGCGAAGGCCACGAGAUCGUGGCCGAACAUGGGGCAAGGUCCCGUUUGGGGCUGACUUCGAACCACGAUGGACUCGAUGCCCGCUCUUUAGGCUACACUUUUGUGCCAGCUGGCCUUACAACGGCCCGACAGGUCGACCAAUAUUAUUCAUCACUGCCGACCCAUGAAGUCCCGAAGUUGGGCUCGAAAGGCGAAGCCGCCCGUCUUCAAAGGAUAGUCAAGCAGCUUCCGAAACAAGACUUGGCCCUAGCGGCUUGUAAAUUCGUCGAAGAUUCCGUCAAAAGUAGUUAUCAGGAUUUCAUAUCAGCCCGGAACGAAAUAGCUUUAGACAUAGGUUUAGCUAAACCGGCGCCCCCCAACAGUAUUUGCGACGGUUGUAACCGAACCAUUCCAAACCAACAGGUUAGCGUAGUCGCCCCCAGGAUGGGCAAACUGAUCUGGCACCCGGGGUGCUUCAGGUGCUCCACGUGCCAGGAUUUACUGGUAGAUCUGGCUUAUUGCGUCUAUGACGAGAAGAUCUACUGCGAGAGGCAUUACGCGGAGCUGCUGAAGCCCCGCUGCGAAGGCUGUGAUGAGCUGAUUUUUAGUGGCGAGUACACAAAGGCCAUGAACAAGGACUGGCAUGGGCAACACUUUUGCUGUUGGCAGUGCGACGAGAGUUUAACUGGUCAACGCUACGUCCUCCGUGACGAGCAUCCCUAUUGCGUGUCUUGUUACGAAUCUGUCUUCGCCAAUGCUUGCGAAAAGUGCAGCAGAAUCAUCGGAAUCGACUCAAAAGACCUUUCCUACAAAGACAAGCACUGGCACGAGGCCUGCUUCCUGUGCACGACUUGCGGGGAAUCCCUCGUCGAUAGGCAAUUCGGGUCAAAGGGCGACAGGAUCUACUGUGGCCGCUGCUACGAUGAGCAGUUCGCGUCCAGGUGCGACGGCUGCCAUGAAAUCUUCCGAGCAGGAACAAAGAAGAUGGAAUACAAGACGAGGCAAUGGCACGAGAAGUGCUUCUGCUGUUGCGUAUGCAAAGUACCGAUCGGUACCCAGAGUUUCAUUCCUCGCGAGCAAGAGAUCUACUGUGCCAAGUGUUACGAAGAGAAAUUCGCCACGCGUUGCAUCAAAUGCAACAAGGUCAUCACCAGCGGCGGCGUGACGUACAAGAACGAGCCCUGGCACAGGGAGUGCUUCACCUGCACCCACUGCUCCAAGAGCCUGGCGGGCGAGCGCUUCACCAGCCGCGACGAGAAGCCCUAUUGCGCCGAGUGCUUCGGCGAGCUGUUCGCCAAACGGUGCUUCGCCUGCAAUAAGCCCAUCACCGGCAUCGGGGGCACGAAGUUCAUCUCGUUCGAGGACAGGCAUUGGCACAACGACUGCUUCUUCUGCGCCUCGUGCCGCACCAGUCUAGUGGGCCGUGGCUUCAUCACCGACCAGGAAGACAUCAUCUGUCCCGAAUGCGCCAAGCAAAAGUUGAUGUAGAUUUUACAGAUUUCUGUUUUUUUUUAAUCAGUGACCAUAGCACCGUGACACGCACACACUACACACACACACAUCUUACACCACCGAAAAAAACAUAAAAGAAAAAUACAAAAAAAAACGAGGAUACGCUGUUUUUAGAGUAAAUGUAUUUAUUUUUGGAGGAUUUAUUUUUGUUUGCCAUAUUAUAACAUGACGUCAGAGUUGAUUGGGACGUAGGAUAUUCUAAAUUUUGACAUUACACCACAGCUUCCUUGAUUCGUGCAAUGACAGUACGUCGAGGAUCAAGGAAGCUGUGCCCUAUCCAAACAGUUGCCUUAAAAAUUUAGUAGUAGAGACCCAUGAAUAUUAAACAUAUAUAUUUGUUAUAAAUUACGGUUGUUAUUGCUUCUUAACUGUUAAUGUAAGUGUUUUGACAAUUUUUUAUUGUAUAUUAUUAUUACUAUUGUAGAUAAUGUACACAGCUUCAUAGCAUUUAUGAAAUGAGCAACUUUGGUGCUAUUUGAGUAGUUAGAUUAAUUUUUUAUUAUUAUUUUCCUAAUUUCUAGUUACUGUUUUUCAGUAAAUUCUAUCUAAAUGCUUCAUUAACAGAAAUGUUACUAUUAAUAUUGAUAAAUAAACAUACAUAAUAUUCGUUUAGAGUUUAACUUUCAGUUGUAAAAUGUACGUAUUGGUAAAUUUGGAUUGUUAAAAAUUUGUUAUGCUUUUAAAUACAAGUACAGGGCUUUGCUUUAGGGAUAUUGUUAUAUUUAAUUCCACAAUAAAUAUCUGAAAGAAAACAAA